UACAUGAGGCCAUUUCCCCGGCAAAGGAGGUGUUCACCCGGCUGUUACUGUGAGCUUUAUUACUGCUCUCAUGUCAGAAACCGGUAACCAGAGUUUAUCUGGCUGGUUGAUAACACUCAACUACCAAUCGAAAGUUCUAGUAAAAGCCAUUUUUAAAUAAAAGGUUUAUUUCUAAACAAUUUAAACCCGAUUUCUCUGAUUGCCGCCCUAAAUCGAUCAAUUGAAUCAUGUUAAACAACGGUCACCACGCAGAAGCCGAGCCGGGGAAUGAAGCUGGAGAUAUGAAGGGCAAGAGCCCCGAGAAAAGAAAACGUGUCGUGCGGGUCUGGUGUGACGGGUGCUACGACAUGGUACAUUAUGGGCACUCUAACCAGCUACGCCAGGCACAUGCCAUGGGUGACUACCUCAUUGUUGGAGUGCAUACAGAUGCGGAAAUCGCAAAGCACAAGGGCCCUCCAGUGUUUACCGAGGAGGAGCGCUACAAGAUGGUCCGCGCAAUAAAAUGGGUUGACGAGAUAGUGGAAGGUGCCCCGUACGUCACCACCCUGGAAACUCUGGACAAGUACAACUGUGAUUUCUGUGUCCAUGGAGGUGAAGCGAUACAUCCGCAUCUUCACUAUUCAACAAUAACCUCUCCCAGGCAGGGUUCGGAUGAUAUUACUCUGACUGUUGAUGGGAAAGACACAUACGCUGAGGUCAAAAAUUCAGGAAGAUAUCGGGAGUGCAAGCGCACGCAGGGCGUUUCUACUACUGACCUGGUUGGCCGAAUGCUCUUGAUGACUAAAACUCACCACAGCAACAUUGACAAAAAUUCAGAGUAUCAGCAGCACACAGACAACUUUGGAAAGAGUCCCAAAGGUCACAGUCCCUGGACUGGAGUGUCUCAGUUCCUGCAGACCUCUCGGAAAAUCAUCCAGUUUGCUUCCGGGAAGGAGCCGCAGCCUGGGGACACCAUCAUCUAUGUGGCAGGAGCCUUUGACCUCUUCCACAUUGGUCAUGUUGACUUCCUGGAGAAUGUGUACAAGCAGUCAGACAAGCCUUAUGUCAUUGUUGGGCUGCAUUUUGACCAGGAAGUGAACCGCUACAAAGGAAAGAACUAUCCCAUAAUGAAUGUGCAUGAGAGGACUCUGAGCGUGCUGGCCUGCAGGUAUGUCUCAGAAGUGGUGAUUGGUGCUCCCUAUGCAGCCACCGCAGAUCUGCUGGACCACUUCAAGGUGGACCUGGUAUGCCAUGGAAAAACAGAAGUCAUCCUUGAUAAGGACAACUCUGAUCCCUAUGCUGAGCCCAAAAGACGGGGCAUCUUCAGGGUAAUUGAGAGUGGCAAUGAGCUCACCACCGACACCAUUGUUGAGAGAAUAAUCAAGAACAGGCUGCUGUUCGAGGCUCGAAACCAGAAGAAAGAAGCGAAAGAGAUGGCGGUGUUUCAAGCCUUGAAGAAACGUGAGGAGGAGAAGAUGAAGGAGCAACAGAGGGGUCAGGUGACCAAGGAGCAAGAGAACUGAAGAGCAACAAACCAAACUUUGAAGACAGGCGGCAUCCAGAUCAAGUCAACAAACAGAAUCCCGAACCCCUUGUAAUAGGAGUCCCGUCUCACUGGUGGACACAUUGGAAUCUCUAUAGAUGAACUGCAGCGAUGGUGGUGGUCUUUUUCAGAGCAUAUAAUCUAUUUUAACAGCCAAUAUGAACUGUUCUUAUCAAUCAUCUUAACUUCACUGGAUUUAGUGAGCCUUGCUAGCUAACUUUGGGUGUUCUUUUUACUUUGCAAUCAGCACAUACCUCUUGUACUUUUCCUUAGGGGCUUUAGAAAAUACAGUCCUGCAAAAUUUUUGGGUGAGAGAAUGCACUUUAAUCGCUAGUGGAAGAUGACCACUGUCUCCAAGAAGAACACAGCAAUUAACGUAUUAAUUAUUUUAAUAUUUGUACAUUCUCUGUCUCGCCUCCAUGCAGUUGUCUUUCAAAGGGUGACCAAAAUUCUAAACUUUUUUUUUCUUUUUUUAAAAUAAGAGCACAUGUCAAAUUAUAUUUUGAGAGGUACGUGACAUAAAUGAUCCAAACCGAAGAAAACAAAAAAUCCCUUGCAUGCCUUGCAAGUGCAUCCCCGUUUUUAAAUAUUCUUAUCUUGGUCAGAUCUGGGAUCUACAUAAAACAUUUAAUCCUGAACACUCAUCAUUUCUGAUAGCACUUACUGCUUUUAAUCUGAAGACAUGAAUACCUGCUAACCGUAAAAAGGCUAUUUUUAAGCAUUUUAAACUAAGCAAAAAAAAAAAGCUGGUUGUAAAUAACAUGAAGAUGGAACUUCAUUUCCCUGCUUUUUAACUAAUUUAUUUUUGACUGGAUACAAGUGACCUCAUUUCGUCUAUUGGUCCAUCACACUUUUGCACAUUUCUUAGGAUCAUUCGUUAUCACUAUUACAUGUUGUUGUUUUGUGUACAUUUGUAAUGUCCCUGAGAUUCCCCAAAGCUCUUAAAUAUUUGGAUAAGUCUCUUUAUGUGUGUGUUUGUGUGCACGCAAGAUUGAGAAUUUCUCGAGCUUAAAUAAUGUGGCUGUGAGUCGGAAGAUUGGUGAUUGGUAGGUUGAGGAUUUUGCCUCCUGGAGACUCGGGUUCAAACCCGGCUAAUCUAAACCAAGAUAAAGUACGUAUCAUUCUUUAUGUAUCUGUGAAUAAAAUAUGUUUGCAUAAUACUUUGCUGAUUCUUUUAUUUUGCUAAUGGAAUUAAAUAUCAAAGUCUUAGCAAAAUGCAAGGUCAACUUAGGAAACCAAGUUAAGCAAAUACGUAUUGAUUAAUGCCUUGAAAACACUGAUGAAGACGGUAGUUGAAAUGUCCACUUGACUUGGUUUGUUACUUUAAAUGUCUUUUAAAAUUCUAAAUGAUUUGUCAACAAGUUAAUGUAAAGGGUAGGCUUUAUACCUUCUGAAUGUGUAAGUUUUCUAUCUAUAUAUUUUACCAUGAUAACCAUAUAAUUGGGAUAUUUGUUCCAGAGAAUCUCCUUGUUCAUAUCAUUAGAUAUUUGGCAGAUUCAGAGGGUAUACAUUAUUCCUAAAGCACUAACCAAAACCACUGAUUGAAGAUUGUUUUAUUUAUUUAACACAAAAUAAAAAAAUGAGCAUAUGCAUUUUUAAUGAUUGGGGGAAAUGCUUGAAAUUGUUUCAGAGUGAAAAAGAAUGAAAUACAAAUCUGGCUUACACAUCUGCAAGUGAUUUUCAAUGUAUUUAAACAACUUCGACCAUGAAGGCACUCCAUUUGACCUGGAUUUCUGUUGACUCUUGCCAUAACAAACAAAAUAUAUAAUGUUACAAAGUCAGCAUAUCCAAUUGUAGCCCAGUGUUUCCAUUAACAAAUGUAAUCUCUAUUUUUCUACAUACAGCAGUGGGGCUGCCUGAAAUUUCCUAUCAGCACUAAUAAGCAGUGAUUUUAAAGAAUUUGCAUACAAUUAAUUUGUGGCAUUAAAAAAAAAAAAAAAUACAACUGAUCUCAUACUGUGCUUCUGUGUCGUCGUUGUCGUCCCACCCUUUGCGUGUGUAUCUACAAUCUGAAUGCAUACCUUAUGUUGUCUUUCACUUAUUCAUGUGUAAUUCCGGUUAUAUACAGUAAUCUUUGUUGGUGAAACCUUAAUAAAUUAAUAUUGUGUG